UGUAAAGAAAAAUAGCACAAGUCUGUGUUGUAUUAUUAUGAGGGAAGUCGUGACGAUAUAACCGCUGCAUACAAGUCUUCUCCCUCCCUUACCUUGCAGCGGCAGCGUAGCCUAACCCACCGUACCACCACAGCCAACGCCCUUCCAAUCUUCCUCUGAGUUGGGCCAUCCUAAACCACCUUCGACCACAGCCCAGGCAGCCCCUCCCCCCGGACCGCCAGCUUCCCGGACGACCACGCAACCGCCCCAAAUCUUGUAAUCCAAAAUUCCAAAAGGUCCGCUAUCAGGCGAUGGCUCCACCACGAUCUCUGAUCCUUCACCGGCUCACGCCCUACUUUGCAGCUCGAAUCAGGCAGAACCAGAGGCUCCUAUCCUCUUCUUUCUUCUAUUCCUCUUCCUCUUCCGCCGCAGAAGAAGCCUCCUCUUCUUCUCCAUCUCCGUCCGUCGACCUCGAUUCCGUUCACAUGACUGAUACCUGUGUUCAAAGAAUGAAGCAGCUGCAAGCCAGUGAAGCGGAGGGAAAGGUGCUACGUUUGAGUGUAGAAACCGGUGGAUGUUCUGGGUUCCAAUAUGUUUUUGAUCUGGAUGACAAAAGCCAUCCGGAUGACAGAGUAUUUGAGAAAGGAGGAGUAAAGUUGGUGGUCGACAAUAUUUCAUAUGAUUUUGUGAAAGGAGCAACUGUUGAUUAUGUUGAGGAGCUGAUUCGUUCUGCUUUCCAAGUGACUACAAAUCCAAGUGCGGUUGGGGGGUGCAGUUGUAAAAGUUCUUUCAUGGUGAAAUAAUAGGUUUCCGAAUUGCGACUACUUUUGUGCACAGCCUUCCAAGAUAGCUUAGACUAGGAGGUGAAUUAGAUUCAACCUAAAUAGGUGCUUCCAUAUAAUUUUUCACUCGAUUUUUUGAAUAAUGAUUAUUUGAGUACAUUGUGUAAUAAUCUCUUUGAUGUAUCACACGUUUAUACCACAUUGAGGCAUCUUCUUGUACUUUUUUCAGCUUUCUGUCUUGGAUGUUGAUAACCGCAACUAUACACAAAUGGUCGGGACUUGGAAUUUGUUCAGUUGCCCGCCACGCUACUCAUUACUUGUAAUUGAGUUGAAUCAA